AUGCCCACUGCUGCGCCGUCGGGAUCACUCGAAAAUUUUGCGGAGGCGCAUGCCGGUGCUAAUGAUACACCAUUUGCAGAUAAAUUCUCCAUCUUACUGGCCAAGAACAAGGACUGGGCGGCCCAGACCUACAAGCAGCACCCUGACCUCCUCCCCCAGCUUGCCGUGGGCCAGCAUCCUGAGAUCCUCUGGAUCGGCUGCUCCGACUCCCGGUGUCCCGAGACCACCAUCUUGGGCCUCCUACCCGGUGAUGUCUUCACCCACCGCAACAUCGCCAACGUCAUCCACCCCGCCGAUCUGAGUUCGGGCGCUGUUAUCGAGUAUGCCGUGCGCCAUCUGCAGGUCAAGCAUAUCGUCAUCUGCGGACACACCAAGUGCGGAGGCGUCGCCGCUGCUCUCGGCAACAAAGGCCUGGGCAUCCUCGACCCCUGGCUGUUGCCUCUGCGCCAGCUCCGGGAACAACACCACACGGAACUGGAGACUCUGCCGGGCGAUGAGGCCACCGUGAAGCUGGCCGAGCUCAACGUCCGCGAGGGUCUGAAGACAUUGAAGCAGAAGAGCGUAGUCCUAGAGGCGAUACAGGAGCGUGGAUUGCAGGUGCAUGGAAUGAUUUAUGAUGUUGGCUCAGGUGUCCUUCGGGAACUGGAUAGCAGCGAGCCGGAGGACGCGAUCAAGGCACGGUAUGCAUCGUUCAAGACGGAGGCUUAA